CUUUUUUUUUCUCUUCUUCUCUACUCACCUUUCUCUCUUUCUAAUACUCUUCUUCUCAUCUUUCUCUUGCACCCUCGUCGCUUUCUUGCUUUCUUUCUUUCUUUUAAAAGCCCUUUGGUCUUCUUUCUUUAUUCUUUCCUUCUCUCCUUUCCUUUCCGUUCCUUUCCUUUCCUUUCCUUUCCUUUCCUCUAAACAUUUUAUCCGUUCCAAUACCACUUCUUUCACUAUGCAGGCCAUCAAAUGUGUUGUCGUCGGAGAUGGAGCUGUUGGAAAGACCUGUCUUCUCAUCAGUUACACCACCAAUGCUUUCCCAGGCGAGUACAUCCCUACAGUAUUCGACAAUUACUCUGCCAAUGUGAUGGUCGAUGGAAAACCUAUCAACCUCGGUCUCUGGGACACAGCCGGACAGGAAGAUUAUGAUCGCCUCCGUCCAUUGUCCUACCCCCAAACGGAUGUUUUCCUCGUCUGCUUCUCACUCGUCAGCCCUCCCUCAUUCGAAAACGUUAGCACCAAGUGGGCACCCGAGAUCAAACAUCAUGCACCAAACGUCCCUACGAUCCUCGUGGGCACAAAGUUGGAUUUGCGUGAUGAUAAAGACACACUCGAGAAACUGAAUGAGAAGAAGAUGACCCCGAUCUCAUACCCCCAAGGACUUCAGAUGGCCAAGGAGAUCGGUGCAGUCCGUUACCUCGAGUGCUCAGCCCUGACCCAAUCAGGAUUGAAGAAUGUCUUUGAUGAAGCCAUCCGUGCAGUCCUCUGUCCAGUCCAACCUGCCAAGAAGUCAAAGAAGUGCUUGAUCUUGUAACAAAAAAGGGAUUUUCUUUUAGUAGUAGUAUAUCCUUUUUCUUUUUCUUUUUCUUUUCAACUUUUUACUUUUUCAUGUAAUACCUUUUAAUGCUUUUUUUUUUUUUGUGUAUGUG